AAGUGGGCUGGACUACUACCUUUCGCUCGAUUAGUGGAGGCCCGAGAGAACGUUUCGCGUCUGAACUACGAUGCUGCUUUGAUCACCUGCUUAGUGGAUCGAUGGAGGCCCGAGACUCACACCUUCCACUUUCGCUGGGGUGAGAUGGCUCCUACUCUACAGGACGUGUCUAUGUUGCUGGGCCUUCCGUUGGCUGGUGAGCCCAUCGGCCCAUUGGAGGAACCCGUGGGAUGGAUGCACAGCAUGGAUGCACGUUUCGUUGGUGUUCGCGAGGGCGUUGGGCCUAUCUCUUUUGAGGCUCACGGCCCUCGUCAGGCGUGGCUACACGAGUUCCAGAUCGAGCAGUUCGGAUACCCCGAUGUACCGAUGACUGCGGCCCAGAUCACUCGCAGCUUGGAGGCGUACCUCAUGUGGCUACUCGGGAAGACGAUGUUCACGGACAAUCACGGGAAUACGAUCAGUGCGCGGUACAUCCCUAUAGCUCAGGAGAUAGCAGAGGCCACCGAAGCAGAGCACAUCAUUCAGAGGAGCUGGGGUUCUGCGGUCUUAGCCGCUACGUACCGAGGUAUGUGUAAGGGUUGCCAGCUAACCUCGCAUGGUUCUGGCAUCGUUGGUUGUCCACUCCUGUUGCAGCUCUGGUCAUGGGCGAGGUUUCCCAUCGGCCGUCCUGAGAUUAGAGAUGGAUCUUGGCCACCAGACGAGUUGUACGACGCAGAGCGCAUCGACAUGCCGACGUUUGGUUCUCUAUGGACAUCGCGGAAGAGACAUUUUGGGCAUAAUCAGCUAAGGAAUUGCUACCCAGCAUUCACAGAGCAGUUUGACCUACUACUAGAGAGCGAUGUCACCUGGGAGCCAUACAGUGAGGAGCACCGCGACGAGGCAUACCCAGGCGGUAUAUCGAACAUGUGUACCAGAGAUUGGGCCUACUGGAUGACGAAGGCGAAGAUCAUCUUCGAUAUCUUCGUGGAGGAGAUGUCGCAGCAGAGGGUCAUGAGACAGUUUGGACUGCGUCAGCUGAUCGAGCCACCACCUCCCACAGUUCCUCUACCACCACGCGUCCACGCGUACAACAGAAAAGGAGCGAAUAAGACUGCUGCUGGAUGGUUGCAACUCCUCGCUCCAUACAUCACCGGUUGGGCCAAUGCGCCGGCAGUUUCAUGGGCCACCAUGGAGGCAUUUGAUCUUCAGGAAUUUGAGCACUACUUGCGGGCAUACAUGCCUAGGACACGACUUCGUCCGAGCCGAGCGUGUGACCCGGCCGUGUUGACGGCGGAGCUGCAAGAUGACGCCGCCCAGUAUGCACGCUCGCUCUCCUCCGGCCCACUUCUUGGACGCACAGCGGCCACCUCGUCCCUCUUUGCAGGUGCAUCAGCCGCGGCACGCCCCGCGCCCACGUAUGGAGGUACCGCCGAGCCCGAGGCCACCAUCUCCUAA